ACUGUUUUUUCUCUAGCCAUGUGAGAAUAAUGGGAAACCCAAAAGUUAAAUUAUAUAAACAUUGUGGUUUGAUACCAGUCGCUUAUAAGAAAACGUGGCUUUUAUUGUACUUUGUUACAUGCAAUGUUUGUUUAAAUGUUUUGCUAAUGGACCUUGAAUCUGGAAAUAAUGACAAUUUAUGUGGUAAGUGUCACAAAAAUAAUGUCACUGUUAAUUAAAUAAAAAUGUUAAUGUUACUCAAAGAUGCAUGCACACAUUCUGUAAAUAACACAAAAUUGUGGUAAUACCGAGUAUAAAGUAAAGCUUUAUAAUACAAUAAACAGCAUAUUUUCUCCUCUACUAGUAUAUGAAGACAUCAGUAAUCUGACUCUUGGGUGAGAUGUGACCCCCCAGUCUCCACUUGCACUCCCCCUGACCGACAGGCUGCAUUCACAUCCAAAAGAGACGGCCAUUCAUGCCAGUAAAAUGAUGAAAUGCUGCCAUUAUAACGGAGAACUAAAGGCUCAGAGCGGCUGAUACCUGAUCUGCAUGUCUCGCUGUUGCCUUUUGUGCCAGUAUUUCAUAUUUGAGUUAUCCACUGGCACACGGCUGGAGUUUAGGGUGAGUUUGCCAUGGCACUGAGAAGAUGGGCAACAAGCAGACCAUCUUUACAUCUCAGCAACUGGACGCAUAUCAGGACUGCACUUAUUUCACCAGAAAAGAAAUUUUGAGACUGUUUCAUCGGUAUCGUGAUUUAGCUCCACAACUCGUACCGAUGGACUACACCGACCAGCCAGACGUACGGCUGCCGUAUGAGCUGAUUGGCAGCAUGCCUGAGCUGAAGGAUAACCCAUUUCGGAAGAGGAUCGCUGAGGUCUUCUCAGAGGAUGGAGAGGGCAACAUGACAUUAGAUGAUUUCCUGGAUAUGUUUUCUGUUUUAAGUGAAAUGGCUCCACGGGACCUGAAGGCCUACUAUGCUUUUAAGAUUUACGACUUCAACAACGAUGACUUCAUCUGUAAAUCAGAUCUAGAGAAGACUUUAAAUAAACUGACUCGCAAUGAACUGACAGAGGACGAGGUGAGAAUGGUGUGUGAGAAGGUCAUUGAUGAGGCUGAUCUGGAUAAUGAUGGCCGGUUGUCACUGGAGGACUUCCAGAAUAUGAUCGUCAGAGCUCCUGACUUCCUCAGCACGUUUCAUAUCAGGAUAUGAUGUGUCUUGUGUAAGGUAUCCCAGGCCUGAGCAACAAGAAUGAAGUUUUACCCACAUUUGCCAAAUCAUUUAAAUUAUUCCACCACAAAUCCAUAUCUCAAGAUGAAGAAUUCACCCAUUAAAAGUAAUCACAAAUGCAUAUUUUAUAAGAUUCUCAUUUUAAUAAAUCAAAAGUACAGAUAUCUACAAAAAGUGUAGAUCAGUUUUUCAAUGUUUUUAGAAAGUACAGUACAAUUUAAGUAGAUCUCUCUUUUUAGAGUUAUUUACAAUUGUUUUUCUUUUUUUAUUACCAAAAUGUAAUUUUACCAUCUCCCCAGUUACCUCACAAUUAAACACAUGGUAAUAUAAAAGACUCUGUAAAUGAUACGAAUGACAGCGAUCUGAAAUCAUGAAAUAUAAGAGAGACAAACUAAACUGAAGACAAUGAGCUCUGAUAGCAGCACACAACACUGCUUAGAGAAACACUAUACAACUGCAAAGCUGUUAACAGAAAGUGGUACCUGUUUGCUAAUGUUUUCUUCCUUAUCUGCAAAUCAAAUAAAAAUGUUUCGCA